AUGGACAGUAUACAGCAGGAGAAGAAGCGUGAUCCAGCUCAGCAAUAUGCUAACAGUAUUGUGGGCGAAGAGAAGGGGGUCAUACUGGAUGACCCUGAUGUGCAGCAGUUCUAUGGCUCCUCAACGACAGAAGCAUAUCGACUGAAGUCGGAGUUGGUGGGUAAAUGUAUGGAGGAAAUUGGAAUGGGAAGAUUCCAGUGGAAGCUCUUCGUCGUGACGGGGUUCGGAUGGAUUGUGGAUAACGUUCGCAUAAGCAGCGUCCAGCCUCCUAUCGAGCUCGAGUUCCCCGGCAUCGUCCAGGUCAGCUACAGCUCCGUGGCCUACUAUACAGGCUUGAUCCUUGGGGCUUCGUUCUGGGGUAUCUCUAGUGACUUGAUCGGCCGGAAGCCCGCGUUCAACUCGACCCUCCUGAUUGCAGGUAUAUUCUUAUGUGGUGCUGCUGGUACUAUGAACUUUCUAGCGUUCAGUGCUAUGUGGGCCGUCAUCGGCACCGCAGCGGGUGGGAAUGUCCCGGUGGAUUCGAUGAUCUUUCUGGAGUUUGUUCCUGGGAGUCACCAAUACCUCCUGACAGCUCUCUCGGCCUGGUGGAACUUAGGCCAACUAAUCGUGUCGCUCCUGGCAUGGGUCUUCCUUGCCAACUAUAGCUGUCCAACCGAUUCUACACCAGCAACAUGCCAUCGCAGCGACAAUAUGGGAUGGCGAUACACCCUUAUCACUCUAGGCGCCCUUUCCCUCGCCUUCACUAUCAUCCGCGUCUUCAUCUUCAAGCUCCCCGAAACCCCCCGCUACCUUCUUUCCAAAGGCAAGGACCAAGCCGCCGUCGAGUCUGUCAACUACGUCGCACGCCAGAAUGGCAAGCCUGAGCCUCUCACUAUAGGCAUGUUCCAGGAGAUCGAUGCCCGACUGGGAAUUGCCAAUGAAUCCAACACUUCAGCACAAGGCCCGGGCUUGAGCACCAAGGAGAUCAUUAAGGAGAACAUGAAAGACUUCCGGUCGACACACUACCAAGCUCUCUUUGCCACGAGGAAACUUGGUAUUCAUACUGGUAUCAUCUGGCUUAUUUGGUUGACAAUCGGAAUCGCCUACCCUCUCUACUUCAACUUCCUUCCCUCCUACCUCGACACAAAAUUCUCCUCCUCCGACUCCCUCUACACUACCUACCGAAACUACUGCAUCGAAUCCGCCGUCGGCGUAGUCGGGCCCCUUUCCGCAGCUUACCUGGUAACCACUUUCUUCGGCCGGCGUUGGAUGAUGGGUAUUUCGUCCAUCAUCACGGGGGUCUUCCUCUUCGCGUAUGUGGGCGUCAGUAAUCCAACGUCAAGUCUAGCGUUCGCAUGUGUAACAGGCAUGUUGGGGAAUUUCGAAUACGCAAUCAUGUAUGCCUUUACUCCCGAAUCCUUCCCCGCUCCGCAUCGUGGAACCGGUACUGGAACUGCUGCUUCGUUGUUGAGGUUUGGUGGGCUCUGUGCUAGUUUGAUUGCCUCACAGACUGGGUUCACGCCGGCGCCGAUAUAUGCCAGUGCUGCGCUGUGGGUUGUUGUUGGGGUAGUGUGCUUUGGGUUGCCGUUCGAGACACAUGGACACGCGGCUAUCUAG